AUGUCCUACAUGGAAGAAGAAGACCACGGGUCCUCCCCUGAGCAGCGACUUGGUAAUCUAGAGGAAGCCAUGCAGCGAAUAGAGGGACUCCUCAACAACUUCAUAAUCGAACAGCAACAGCCUGCCCCUGUCCCUGCCCCGUCUCCGGCAGUGGGUCCAGGCGUAUUUACUGGCCAACAGGCCAGCUCGAGACCCCUCAUCCGCCCCAAUCCCCCAUUCGCGUUUGACGGAGAUCGCACCCAGGGCAAGACGUUUCUCCAUUCCGUCAAGCAGUACUGGCGCCUCCUCCCUGAGGCCUUCCAUGUGAACGGGGUAGUAUCAGAAGAGCGGGUGUUCAAGUUCCGGUUUGUCGAGGAGAACGAGCAAGACCACGCCCUGGCACGGCUGGAGACCCACGCUUACUACAUGGGAUCCCGCGACGUGUUCAAAUACACGGACGAGUUCGACGACCUUCUCGACUUGGCGGGUUACUCUGACAACUUGGUCAAGGUCACCAAGUACCAGGCGGGUCUGGACCCCAGAAUCAAUCAGGCGAUCACGACCUCCGGUAACCCGCCUAGCCUCACAAACUACUCGGAGUGGCGUACCCGCGCAUUCCGCCAGCACAACGCCGAGAUGGCUGCCCGAGCUGCACGAGGACAGGUGUUCUCUCCAUCCCGCGCUCCGCCUCCUGCGGCCCCCCGCCCUCGCCCCGUGGCUGCUCCGUCCUCCCACCGGGCAUUCCCAUGGAGAUCGACCGAACCAGAGCCCGCACCGGUGUUCGUCGCACCUGCUUCCGAUGCGGCAGCCCAGGACACCUGGCCCGAGACUGCCCGACCCCCGCGGAUGUCCGGCACGCUGACGUCCUGGACAAAGUGA